GUUUAACAGAUCAGCGGUGAACAACCAGAGCUAGUCGGUUACAGCGCAGACGCUAUGAGAAGCGCGAGCACGCGCCUGGCAAGGCGGCGAAAAAGCGCGCCCCCGGUGUCCCGCAUCAACAGGAGAAGGACCAAAGUGAACGCGCUCGAGCAGCUGCUCGAGGACAGUGAUGAAGGCUCGUUCUCCAGCACGAGCAGCGGCUCUUCAGAAAGUGGGCUAUCCUACCAAGAGUCAGAGGAUGACUCCCAGAACUCAGACAGUGCUCAACCACCCAGCCGCAAGAAAGUGGGGAACGAAGAUGGUGAGACAGACGAGGAGAAGUGCGCUGUGUCUCGCAGGAUGCGGAAGAGAUCGGCGUGCAUCCUGGAUGACAACGAUGACACAAGCUGCUCGUCAGACAGUGAUGUCGGUACAGAGCCAGUCAGAAAAGUAAAGCAGAAUAAACGACUUAAGUUUUCAGACUCGGAGGAUGAAGCCAACACAGCAAAGGAACGAGAAGCGGAGGUUAAAAAAGCUGCUGCCAAAAGGAGUGAAAGAAAGAGCAAGCUAAUAGAACUGUUGAAAAAGAGAAAAAAACCUACAACACGACGCAGGCGCAGGACUGAGGGUUCGGAUAAUGAGGCAGAAGUUGUAGAGGAAAAUGAAGACAAAGAAGAGGCAAAAAGCUCAAAAAGCUCAAGUGAGGAGGACACUUAUAAUUUAAUGGACAGCAGUGAAGAAGAAAAGCAGGCAGACAGUGACAGCCUAAAGGACUUCAUUGUAGAGGAUGAAGAGCAGAAGGAAGGGGAUGAAGAGGAGGGCAGCAGUGAAACGCAGGAUAAGAACUUCCUUUCACACCUUCCCCGCCAAUUCAUCACUGGAUCCCAGUUCACCCACUUUCAGGUUGUGGUCAAAGCAUUGUUGAUCAAUGCAUUGGACACGUCAUUCCUGCAGUCACUUUACAAUGGUGAGCGGACUAAACGCUAUGCACAAGAGAUGAAACUAUCAUUGCAUCACUUUGAAGAGCGAUUGGUGCUUCCACGCCUGGAAAAUCUAAUGCAGAGAAGCCGCUGGAAAGACCGCUACAAAGAGCGGGUGGAGUGUUAUCCUAAAGUGAGAAUUACCAUGGUAAACAUCCUGAGUAAAAGCUGUGAAGCUUGUGAGCUCCACAGACAUGGGCGCUUCUGUGUACGUCUGUCUGGGCAGCUCUAUGAUAACCAAACACUGCAAGAAGACCAGUUCAUGCCUAAUGACUUUCAGAGUUUUUUUGCUGGCUCAGUCUGUGCCAAGCGCACACAGGUGUACCACGCGCUUAAGCAUUAUAAGUACCAUCUGUUUAACCGCUGUGGAACCGCACUAAAGGAGCAGAAAGAUGUUGAACUGGAGACGCUGGAGGGAAACGAUGAGCCGGUGAAGGACACAGUGAACAGAGUGUUCAUCAAACUUGAGGAGAAAGGGUGGAUUACAAAGCAAUAUGAAGAAUUUGAAGAAUUCCUCAAUGAUGCAGAUUACUUUCAAGAAGAAAGACUGGACUGAUAUGAAGAGGAACCUUUUAAUUUCAUUUUGAUUUUGUCAUUUUCUUCUGUGAGUUUUAUGUGUGCUGGAAAUUAGAACCUUUUUUAUAUUAGCCUAGCUC